ACAAAGAAAGCGAGAGCAAGGCAAGCAGAUGCUAAGGAAGCAGACAUUGUAGCCCACAACUUCCUGACCUUCUGCCUGGUAUCCUUCUUCAUCCAUUCUAUUGAACAGCUGGCCUUAAAAGUCGUGGUGCUGUGUUUUGUCUUUUAUUCUUCUAGCUGGUCAAAAGUCAGAGUGACUCACUGACUGCUAACAUUUAAAGUCAAUGGUGAAAUGAAGAAGAGGAAGCGACUUACCCUUCGUGGCUGCCGCAUCGUACCCUGCCUGGGCCGCUCGUGUACCGGCGCUGUGCCUCAAAGCCCAGCUUUGCGACCUGAAUGGAUGGGUAUGGGGAAAAAGGCCGCACUCUCCUACCCCGGGGCUGAUCGCCGCGGCACCCUCAGUCCCGUGCACCUCAUUUUACUGCUGGUCCUUUGGGGGGACACAGGAUACAGCCAGCAGCAGACGCAGUGCCGCAUCCAAAAGUGCACAACAGACUUUGUUUCGCUAACGUCGCACUUAAAUUCGGGAAGCGAUGGCUUUGACUCUGAGUUCUGCAAGGCCUUGCGGGCGUAUGCCGCCUGCACACACAGGACUUCCAAAGCAUGCCGUGGAAACCUGGUCUACCAUUCUGCCGUGCUAGGCAUCAGUGACCUUAUGAGUCAGAGGAACUGCUCCAAGGAUGGUCCCACAUCUUCUACCAACCCAGAGUUGUCUAAUGACUCUUGUAACUACCACAGCAGGGCCACUGCGAGAGAGCUGCGAGAAGAACACUUUCAGCCCAAUUAUCUUUUUUGUGGUUUGUUUGGAGACCCUCAUCUAAGAACUUUUAAAGAUCAUUUUCAGACCUGCAAAGUAGAAGGUGCUUGGCCACUGAUAGACAACAAUUAUUUGUCGGUACAAGUGACAAAUGUCCCAGUGGUUCCUGGAUCCAGCGCUACUGCUACUAACAAGAUAACUAUAAUAUUUAAGUCUUACCAAGACUGCACAGAUCAGAAAGUGUAUCAGGCUGUGACUGAUGACCUACCUGCAGCGUUUGUUGAUGGCACUAUAAGUGGUGGAGACAGUGACAAGAAGACCUUGAGGAUUAUUGAGAAAGUCAGCGGGAAACAUGUUGAAAUGCAUGCCAAGUACAUUGGGACUACAGUAAUCGUACGCCAGCUUGGAAACUAUUUAACGCUGGCAAUACGUAUGCCGGAAGAAUUGGCAAUGGCCUACGAGGAAAGCCAAGACUUACAGUUGUGUAUGAAUGGUUGUCCUUCCAGUGAACGCAUCGACGAGGGUGGCCACCUGCGUUUCCCUGUAACAGCUAACAGUCCACCCGACACGUCUAUACAAGCUCGCUCUGUAUACACACUGGAAAGUGCCAUCGCCAAGUGUCUUGAAAAGAUACAAGUCAAACACAUCUACUUUCACUCUUGCGUUUUCGAUCUGCUCACCACUGGUGAUGCAAACUUCACAGCGGCAGCUCACAGUGCAUGGGAAGAUGUGGAAACCCUGCACCCACGAAAGGAACGCUGGCAAAUAUUCCCAAACAAUGGAAGCGGAGGAAAGACACAAGCCUUCCCUGCUAUUGUUGUUGGGCUUGUAUGCUUGUUCUGUGUUGCAUUUUUGUAGGAGUGUAUAAAUAAAAUGUAAAAUAUAUAUUGUUAUAAUAUAUUGAACAAAUUGAGAUAAAGAGCAUAUAUGUAUAUACCGUGUAUAUGGAGCGAUGCUUGUUUUGGGAUAACCAUGAGAUUGUAUAUAUUGUUUAUUUUGUGCUUUUUUUUUUUUUUUUUUUACUUGUGUUGGAUGUAGUAUUACUUUUUUAUGUUUUAUAUGUUCCUUCGUUGGAAUAUCUUAGAAAGCACUUUAUUUUUUAUAACAUAUUUAUGUGUCAAAGGAAAUGUGUUAGGCAUAGCAGAAGAAAAAUGUGUCUGUGUGUGUGUGCAUUUGUGUGUGUCUGUGUGUAUUUGUAUAUGUGUAUAUAUACAUUUACACACAUUACUACACGCAAACCUAGUUUUAAAAAAUGUUUGUGUUAUGUGUGUGCUCUGUUUCCUGUUUGGUGGCAUUGAGUUUAUGACAGAUUGAAAUCCCAUGAUUUUUAAAUGUUUUGAUAUUUGUCUUUCUUUGCUAUUCAGAACUGUGAAUAAAAGCAAGACGCUUUUCAACUA